AUGAGUCUCCUGCGCGAGGCCGAGGCGCAGGCGCCGGCCGGGUCUGACGUCAGCGCUGUCUUGGCCGAGUACCACGAGCGCUACUCGCAGCAACAGCGAGAGGAUCAGGCCCUUUCCUUGUACUUGGCUGGUGCCGACAGCGUCCUGUCCGACUCGCUGGGCGAAGCAGAGACUGAUGCUUAUUUGGACAUUGAGCCUGACAUAGCCACAGCCGGAAGCGGAGGGGUAGCUUUGGAACAAGAUGCCAGCCAGGCCCUGCCUUCCUACGACUACGGAGAAGCCCUCGACCGCAAUGGCACCGACUCUGAUUCAGACUCUGACUCGGAUGAUCAGAUUGGAGGCCCGCCAGAGACCUACCUCAUGUUCGACCCGUCGCAGCAGUCGGAUCCUUGGACAGACGUCGAGGAAUUGCGUCGGCGCAGCGAGACCACAACGCUACCGAGCAAUUACAAACUUUGCAGCAAUGUCCCGCAAGAGGCCAUCAACGAGGUUUUGCUCGUGUAUCAGCACGUGUACCGGCCCGACCUGGAUCGCAUUGCCGCCACCAAGGUGCUCGAGGAUCAACCUCAAGGCACCUUCCUCGUCCGACCCAGCUCCCAAUAUAAAGGGCAACAGGUUCUUUGCCUGAGCAUCCACGGCAUUGUUGUCCAUUUUCUUGUUGAGCGGUUCUCGGGCUACAUUCAGAGAGAAGAAGUUGUGGAUGGCGUGCGCAUCGCCGGCGAUACCCUGGUUUUUAGUACCAUGCCCCACCUCUUGGCCUAUCACGUUUAUAAUUCGGGAAAGCUGCCUUGUUGUUUGUUGCUACCCCAGCGCACAGCCAUCUCAUCAUCACAAGCGGUAUCACACUCCCUGCCGACGUCCUUGGGGGCUUCACUUGUUGUUCCCGACGCCUCUCAAAACGCUGAGAACGCUGAGGCGGCCGUGCAUUCAUCACAAGGCAACACCGCGAACAGCACGGCCGUUCAAGAGUCUGGCCCGACCGAUUCCCAAUCCCCCACAUCCUCGCCAAAGCCUCACCGUCGCAAGCGCCGUAGCAUCCGGCAUGGUAAAGCAAUAGCAAGCGCGCGUCGCAAGGUGCGGCACUAUUUGGAAACGCUUCUGACUCGACAGCGACAGACGGAGGCGCGCAGCAUCGAGACAUUCCAAGACUGUGUUCUCUUGUCGGCUCCCAGUUCAAGCACGGCUCUCAUGGGGUCCAUUCGACAAUUCUUGAACGGCAUGCGGAGACUGAUUCUAACGCAGCAUGGCGGCCAUUUUUCACGACUCUUGCGACGCAUUUUUCGCGUGGAGGAUGUGACAGACCUGAUGUACGAAGUCGAUCUUUUGGGUUUGAUUGAAAUUGCUCUACAAUCGCACGUCACCGAGCACAUGUACGACGUGACGUUUAAGCUGAUUCUUCGUGACCUGGGCCACAACGUGAAUCGUCUCGCGGACAAGCUCACGAUUUUGAAAGAGAGUCAACCUGAAGACAUUGGAGUUGAGGAGGAGCUUGCUACGCAGGUCAAUUAUGAGACCAGCAUUGCCUUUUUACAGCUCAUGGAAAAGGCUAAGUCACCCAUCCGCAAGCUUCAGCACCUGUUGUCUGGCGUCAAGGCCAUCACUUCUGCCAUUCACGAGUCAUUGGGAGAUCGCGCCGCCCUCAUUGGCGCCGAUGAAUUUCUGCCCCUCUUCAUCUGGGUGCUACACAAAGCGGACAUUCGUUUUCCUGAAGCUGAGGUGGAGUACAUGUCGGGACUGUUGGAUCCUGAUAUCAUGGCGGGCGAGGUGCUGAAGAACUUUGAUCUACAGGCUAGCCCGCGCCUGCGCACGGCCUGCUUUGAUGAUGUCCAGGGCUUUUUGUACAUUUAUUUUGAACACCCCGACAUCAAGGCGCAGAUGGUCUACAAGACCUUUCCCAUCACCCGCACCAUGACAGCCCAGGAGGCGAUUGAGAUGAUUAGACGAAAACUGCGACUAGCUCCCGACCCACGGGAUGGCUUAUUCGAGGUGAUUAAUGAUGAGUAUCGAGCACUGGCACCAGACGAACAACCUCAAGCGCUCAAGGGCGCCUGGAAUCACCGCCUGCACGCGCAAGGCCGUUGUCGAUUUGUUUUUCGACGUGCCCCGACUAGUCAGGGUAGCACGGUGAAGACGAGUGCUCAGAGUACCAGCGAGUCCGGGCUAGCCUAG